CUUGGAGGUGGAGGCGGUGGAGGUUUUCCUGGAGCGGCACCCGGAGGUGGUGGAGAAGUGGCUCCAGGGCAGGAGGAGGAGGAUGAAGGACUCUCUCUCUGGCCCUGAGGGCGAGGAGGCUCCUGCUCCUCCUCCUGCUGCUCCUCCUACUCCUCAGGUGAGCACAGAGGUCCCUUUGCAGCAGCAGCCUCAGCCUCACCGGGCCUCCUCUGGGCAGGAGCUUCGCCGUAGCUUCGCGCGUUCCAGGGCCAGCCACGUGCACCUGACCUAUGAUGAGCACGUGCGGAACAGGGCCCAGGAGCAGGAGCAGCUGGAGCAAGGUCAGCAGGGGCAGGGUCCUGGGAGCGCGAGGCGGAGGGCUCUGCUGCGCAAGGCCAGCUCCCUGCCUCCAACGGCAGCCCACAUCCUGAGUGCCCUGCUGGAGUCCCGGGUGCACCCGCCACACUACCCUCCGCCGGCCCUGGACCACAAGCGGCGGCUGAAGGGGCUCAGCGAGCGGCAGUUCUUCCUGGAGCUGGUCAAGGACAUCUCCAACGAGUUGGACCUGGGCACCCUCAGCUACAAGAUCCUUCUCUUCGUCUGCCUCUUGGUCGACGCCGACCGGGGCUCCCUCUUCUUGGUGGAGAAUGCAGCACCAGCAGCAACAUCAGGGGCCACCUCAGGCCAGAAGAGGAAGAAGAGCCUGGUCUCUAAGGUCUUCGACGUCCACGCUGGCACCCCUUGGCUCCCUUGCCAAGAGGACUCCAACGAGGUGCAGGUGCCCUGGGGGAAGGGCAUCAUCGGCUAUGUGGCCCAGCACGGCACCACCGUCAACAUCCCCGACGCCUACCAGGACCACCGCUUUAAUGAUGAGAUUGACAAAUUGACAGGAUACAAGACGAAGUCGUUGCUUUGCAUGCCCAUAAGAAACAGUGAUGGUGAGAUUAUUGGAGUUGCACAAGCAAUAAAUAAAACUCCUGGAGGUGCUCCUUUUACUGACGAUGAUGAAAAAGUAAUGGAAAUGUAUCUUCCAUUUUGUGGGAUUGCUAUUUCUAAUGCUCAGCUGUUUGCUGCUUCCAGGAAGGAGUAUGAUAGAAGCAGGGCCUUGCUGGAGGUGGUUAAUGACCUCUUUGAAGAACAGACAGACUUAGAGAAAAUUGUGAAGAAAAUUAUGCAUCGAGCCCAGACUCUCCUAAAGUGUGAGCGCUGCUCAGUAUUGCUUCUCGAAGACAUUGAAUCACCAGUGGUGAAAUUUACCAAAUCUUUUGAGCUGAUGUCUCCAAAAUGCAGCGCAGAUACAGAGAACAGUUUCAAAGACAGUUUGGAGAAACCAUCUUCAUCUUAUUCAGACUGGCUAAUAAAUAAUAGCAUUGCUGAACUUGUAGCCUCCACGGGCCUCCCAGUGAACAUCAGUGAUGCAUAUCAAGAUCCUCGCUUUGAUGCAGAAGCUGACCAGAUUUCUGGUUUUCAUAUAAGAUCUGUUCUUUGUGUCCCUAUAUGGAAUAGCAGUCACCAGAUAAUUGGUGUAGCUCAAGUGCUGAAUAGGCUUGAUGGGAAACCUUUUGAUGAUGCUGAUCAGAGACUUUUUGAGGCUUUUGUUAUAUUUUGUGGCUUGGGCAUCAACAAUACUAUAAUGUAUGACCAAGUGAAGAAAUCCUGGGCAAAGCAAUCUGUGGCUCUUGAUGUGCUGUCUUACCAUGCAACAUGUUCAAAGGCAGAAGUGGAUAAAUUCAAGGCAGCAAGCAUUCCACUUGUGACAGAGCUUGGCAUAGAUAACAUCCAUUUUGAUGACUUCUCCCUCGACACGGAUGCUAUGAUAGCUGCAGCCCUCCGGAUGUUCAUGGAGCUUGGAAUGGUUCAGAAAUUUAAAAUUGACUAUGAGACACUGUGUAGGUGGCUUUUGACAGUGAGGAAGAAUUACCGAAUGGUACUCUAUCACAACUGGAGGCAUGCUUUCAAUGUUUGCCAACUAAUGUUUUCCAUGUUAACUACUGCAGGAUUACAGGAGAUUCUGACAGAAAUUGAAAUUUUAGCUUUGAUUGUGGGAUGUUUAUGCCAUGACCUUGACCACAGAGGAACCAACAAUGCAUUUCAAGCCAAGAUUGGAUCCGCUUUGGCUCAACUCUAUGGGACCUCUGCUACAUUGGAGCACCAUCAUUUUAACCAUGCUGUCAUGAUUCUUCAGAGUGAGGGUCACAACAUCUUUGCUAACUUGUCCUCCAAGGAUUACAGUGACCUUAUGCAGCUUCUGAAGAAGUCAAUAUUGGCAACAGACCUCACUCUCUAUUUUGAGAAGAGAACUGAAUUUUUUGAACUUGUCAAUAAGGGUGACUACAACUGGAACAUUAAAUCUCAGAGAGAGAUAUUUCGAUCAAUGCUAAUGACAGCCUGUGACCUUGGAGCUGCGACCAAACCAUGGGAGAUUUCAAGACAGGUAGCUGAACUGGUAACCAGUGAGUUCUUUGAACAAGGAGACAGAGAGAGAUCUGAGCUCAAACUCACACCUUCCGCUAUUUUUGAUCGGAACAGGAAAGAUGAACUGCCUCGAUUGCAGCUGGAAUGGAUUGAUAGCAUCUGCAUGCCUCUCUAUCAGGCUUUAGUAAAAGUAAAUGGAAAACUGAAGCCCAUGCUGGAUUCAGUGGUGGCCAAUAGAAGGAAGUGGGAGGAAAUGCACCAAGCCAGACUGCUUUCCAAGUCAGCAGCAACAACCUCAUCCUCUUCUUCAUCCCACUUUGCCAAGUCUCAGGAGGACAUAAAUUAAGUUGGCACCUGUUUCCUGAUGUUAGGAUAAAACUUACCAGAAAGGCUGGUGAAAGCUUAGUCUCAUACAUUUAACUGAACAAAAACAAACAUGCUAUCACAAAC